ACAUUAAAAUCUCAAUUUUUGUGUUCAUUUGCUCAUAACAUGGCUGAUAACAAGCAACCACAAUUAAACGGUGCAUACUAUGGCCCUGCGAUUCCACCGCCAACAACACAACCCCGCUACAGCCCCAACAGCUAUUGCCACCACCGUGAUAGAAGUUGUUGUAGCCAUCUCUUCGGGAUCUUCUGGAAGCUUCUAAUUGCACUUAUUGUUCUCUUCGGUCUCGUAAUCCUUAUCUUCUAUCUUAUUGUUCAGCCUCGCGUCUUUAAGUUUUAUGUGACGGAAGCUAAGCUAACCCAAUUUGACUAUAUCAACAACACACUACAUUACAACAUGGUGCUCAACUUUACGGUCCAUAACUCAAACAAAAAACACGGCAUCUAUUACGAUAAAGUGGAGACUCGAGCAUUUUAUCAAGGGUCAAGGUUUGCAAAUGUCGAUGUGAUCACACACAUGAACUCAUUCUGCCAAUAUAAGAGGAGUAGUGAUCCCAUGAGUGGCGUUUUCUCAGGACAACGACUAAUGUGUUCUACAAGACACACUGAGAAGGCCAAAUCAGGUCUUGUUGCUAGCAAAUACAUUAGGCUACCAACUAUCUGCUUGUAUCUUUUCUCUUCACUUGCUUUUCCUCUCAACAAUGAUCAAAUAUUUGAAUUCAACAAAGACAAGAGUCUUGGGGUUUAUGAUAUCGAUAAAAGUCACGGAAUUUAUGAUAUCCAUGUGAAACUUUACUUUAAAAUUAGGUUUAGACACGGAGAUACAAUUUCUCGCAAGUAUAAACUCAAGGUGAAAUGUGACCUCAAUGUUCCAUUGAGCUCUAGUAAUAAUGAAACAUUUACAUUUAGUAAUUGGGUUUUACCCAACAAGUGCAAAGUUGUGUUCUAG